GGUUGCGUGAGCAAGAGAGGAUCCCGGAGCAGACACACAGGGGUGAGAUGCGUGCUCUUUUUAUUAGUGAUCACAAAAGUGUGGCGAGGGCUGGUGACUUGGCUCGGGGUAGUUGAGCUGGCGUGAGGCAAGGGAGCUCGGAGGGAGACAGGCGUGGAAUCCGACAAGGGGCGCGCAGAGAACAGGUCCUGGAGCGAGAGAAAAAAACAAGUCGUGAGCCGGUGAUCAGAGGAACGUAUCUAAGCAAUGCGAGAAACAACUGACGGUGGAACCAGACGAGUUGAUCGGGCGACGAGGUGGAGCGUCUGCUUGGCUUUUAAGGCUGGCUGAUGUUAAUUGCCCUCAGGUGUGGCCGCUCCACUCGUCUGACCUGUAAUCAAGUAAAAACAUGCACACCUGCUGGAGGUGGGCAUGUCUCAAAAGGAAGGGGAAGAGGACCUAACAGGACCCCCCCCCCUACGGGCGCCACCUGGCGCACGACGAAGAGCCCCGGGAUGGGCACGGUGGAAAUCCCGGAUGAGCACGCGGGACAACACCCACCGGGCCGGGAUCCAGGACCGCUCCUCCGGGCCAUAGCCCUCCCAGUCAACCAGGUACUGGAGCCCCCGGCCACGGCGGCGAACAUCCAGAAGCCGCUCCACCCUGUAGGCCGGAUGCCCGUCGACCGACAGAGGCGGUGGAGGGGGCGGAACAGGGGGGGCCAACGGACUUGUGGAAACCGGCUUGACGUGGGAGACAUGGAACGUGGGGUGCACCCGGUAAUGAGCAGGGAGCCGAAGACGCACUGCGUUGGGGUUUACCACCUUGAUGACCUCAAAGGGGCCUACGAACCGGGGGGUGAGCUUCGCCGACUCAGUCUUCAGCGGCAAGGACUUCGAAGAGAGCCACACCUUUUGACCAACCGUAUAGGCCGGCGCAGGUGUGCGGCGGCGGUCAGAUUGGGCGCAUGACUUCUCGGAGGCCCGUAGGAGCGCGGAGCGUGCCUGUUCCCAAACCCUGGAGCAACGAUUGAUAUGCGUCUGGACCGACGGAACCGCAAUGUCUUGUUCCUGCGUGGGAAACAAUGGAGGUUGGUAGCCCAAGGAGCAGAGGAAUGGGGACAUACCGGAGGAGGCGUUUGGCAGAGAGUUGUGCGCAUAUUCUAUCCACGGAAGCUGGUCGCUCCAGGUGUUAGGACGGGCCUGUGUGGUACAGCGGAGGGCCGCUUCGAGCUGCUGGUUCGUGCGCUCGCAUUGCCCGUUUGUUUGAGGGUGGUACCCCGACGACAGACUCACCCCGAUACCCAGUGCAGUGCAAAAUGCUCUCCAGACCUGAGAUGUGAAUUGCGGUCCUCGGUCGGAGACAAUGUCUGCUGGGAUGCCGUGUAAGCGGAAUACAUGGUGAGUGAGCAAGUCUGAAGUUUCCUUGGCCGAGGGAAGCUUGCGAAGGGGGAUGAAAUGGGCUGCCUUGGAGAAUCUGUCUACCACGGUGAGAAUGACUGUGUUACCUCUGGAAGGGGGGAGACCGGUGACAAAAUCCAGAGCGAUGUGUGACCAAGGGCGGCUUGGAAUUGGUAAGGGGCGGAGGAGUCCAGAGCUGGGCUUGGUGGAAGUUUUGCUGCGGGCGCAAACUGUACAGGCGAGGACAAAUGACCUUGUGUCUUCCGACAUGGAUGGCCACCAAAACCGCUGGCGCAGCACGGCGAGUGUCCGUCUGAUGCCGGGGUGGCAGAAGAGGCGGGACGAGUGUGCCCACUCCAGCACCUGGGAACGUAGGGACUCGGGAACAAAGAGAUCAGACUGAGGGCCCUCUCGGGGGUCCGGGUGCUCACCGUGGGCUUCCUUCACCAUUCCCUCGAUCUCCCACUCCAUCGAAGCAAGGAAACAGGUCUGUGGGAGGAUGGGUGCGGGCUCUUCCCUUGGUUCGCUGGCCUGGAACUGACGUGAAAGGGCAUCUGGCUUGGUGUUUUUUGAACCUGGGAUGUAAGACAGAGUAAAGUUGAAACGGGAGAAAAACAUGGCCCACCUCGCCUGUCGUGGAUUUAGUCGCUUGGCUGACUUCAGGUAUUCGAGGUUCUUGUGAUCAGUUAACACAAGGAAGGGUUGCGAUGUUCCCUCCAGAUGGUGGCGCCAUUCCUCCAAGGCCAACUUGACUGCCAGGAGUUCUCUGUCUCCGAUGGUGUAAUUGCGCUCUGCAGGAGACAGUUUGCGGGAGAAGAAGGCGCAUGGGUGAACCUUACCAUCGGCAGGCCUCCGUUGUGACAGCACUGCCCCCACGCCCGUCUCUGAAGCGUCAACCUCUACAAUGAACUGAAGCGAUGGGUUAGGAGGGGCCAAUAUAGGUGCCGAAGUGAAACGGGCCUUGAGGUCACUGAAAGCGGAGCCGGCAGGAUCAGACCAAUGGAAUUGUGUGGCGGUAGAGGUGAGGGCUGUGAGGGGAGCUGCAAUCCUGCUGUAAUUUCGGAUGAACCUUCUGUAAUAAUUGGCGAAGCCGAGAAAGCGCUGGAGCUGCUUUCUGUCAGAGGGGCGUGGCCAUUCCAGGACUGCCUUAACUUUCGCUGGGUCCAUUCGCAAUUGGCCCUUGCCAACGAUGUAGCCAAGAAAUGUGGUCUCGUUGACAUGAAACUCACAUUUCUCAGCCUUUACAAAGAGUCUGUUCUCGAGAAGACGUUGGAGAACUUUAUGGACAUGAUCUUUGUGUUCAGAGGGGGUGCGUGAGAAUAUCAGGAUGUCAUCAAGGUAGACCACCACAAAUCUGUUGAUGAAGUCUCGGAGGACGUCAUUAACCAAGUUCUGAAAAACUGCAGGGGCGUUAGUGAGGCCAAAAGGCAUGACCAAAUAUUCAUAAUGCCCCAGGGGCGUAUUAAAUGCAGUUUUCCACUCGUCCCCCUCUCUGAUGCGGACGAGGUGAUAAGCGCUGCGCAGGUCGAGCUUUGUGAAAAUCGUAGCACUAUGGAGGGGGGUGAAAGCGGAGUCCAUGAGUGGAAGAGGGUACCUAUUCUUGAUGGUGAUGUCGUUUAGGGCUCGGUAGUCGAUGCAGGGCCGCAGGCCACCAUCCUUCUUGCCUAUGAAAAAGAAGCCUGCGCCGACCGGGGAGGAGGAGGGACGGAUGGUGCCAGUGGCCAGGGAUUCGGAGAUGUACUUCUCCAUCGCCUCCCUCUCCGGUUGUGAGAUGUUGAAUAGCCGACCCUUGGGCAGAGCAGCACCAGGAAGGAGGUCGAUGGCGCAGUCGUACGGACGAUGCGGAGGGAGCGACAUCGCACGAUCCUUACUAAAAACCUGCCAGAGCUCGUGGUAGCAUUCCGGGACAGUUGAGAGGUCUGGUUGCUCCAGCUUCUGAGCGGGACAGGAUGGCACUAGAGCAGAUUUGAGACAGUUAAUGUGGCAGAACGGACUCCAAGCGGUUACCUUGGGAAGGGACCAGUCUAUGGUGGGAUUAUGUUUCUUGAGCCAAGGUAACCCAAGGACCAAGGGUGUGCGGGGACUCACAAAGACUAGGAAAGUGCUCACCUCUUGGUGGUUGCCUGACAGGAGCAGCUUGAUGGCCUCAGUUUUCUGAUCCACACUGAAGAGGAGCUGCCCGUCGAGUGCAGUGGUCCUCAAUGGCACGGGGAGCGGGUGCGUAAUCAGCCCUAGUUGUGCCACGAGCUCUUGAUCAAUAAAGUUCUCGUCUGAACCGCAAUCAACUAGGGCAUCUACCGAGCGUGACUGGCCCCGCAAAGAGAGGGUAGCUGUGAGCUGCAACCGACCCGAGGAGUUGUGUGACAUGUGGCUUACAAGUAGCGUCUCUACUGGUGAACCUGGACGCACUGGGCAGCUACGCAGAAAAUGACCACUUUUCCCACAGUAAAUACACAAGCGUGCGUCAAACCUACGCAUGCGCUCCUCCCGAGACAGCCUGAUGCGCCCCAGUUGCAGUUGCUCGGCGUCUACAGCAGGGGGCGAUAUCGCGGGUGCAGCGCCUGUGGCCUGGAGAGGAAGUUGACGUGGAGCUGGCCGACGGAAGACAGUGGAGGGGGGAGGCAUGGUGGUUAACUGUGUGCUAUGCUCUCUCUGACGUUCGCGUAAACGAUUGUCAAUAUUGAUGGAAAGUUUUAUGACAGCGUCCAAGGAAGAUUGUGCAUCACGGGCUGCCAAUUCAUCUUUGAGGCGUUCAUUAAGACCGCGGACGAACACCUCCUGCAGCGCCUCGUCAUUAAAGCGGCUUUCAGCCGCUAACGUCCGGAACUCAACUGCGAACUCGGCGACGCUCCGAGUCCCCUGGUGAGCAGACAAGAGCCGCUUGGCGGCUUCUUUUCCACGGACUGGAUGAUCGAAUAUUUUCCUCAUUUCCUCCGUGAAACGAGGAUACGUGGCACAUACCGGCGAACCACUCUGCCACACUGAGCACGCCCAAUCCAACGCGGUGCCCCGCAAACAGCCAAUGAGAGAGAGUGCGCCAACUUUGUCAAAGUGCUGCAGCCGUUCAACCAGACUCACCUUUACGUGUGUGGAACGGGAGCAUUUCACCCUGUAUGUUCCUACCUGGAGGUCGGCAAGAAAUUAGAGGACAACAUUUUCAGACUCCUGCCUCACACUGAGAACGGUAGAGGAAAAAGUCCUUACGAUCCAAAGCUGCUCACCGCGUCCAUGCUGAUUGAUGGGGAAUUGUACGCCGGUACAUCGGCUGAUUUCAUGGGACGUGACUUUGCCAUAUUCCGCACCCUUGGAAAACAUCAUCCAAUCAGGACAGAGCAGCAUGAUUCCCGCUGGCUCAAUGAUCCCAGGUUCGUAGGUGUCCAUCUGAUUCCAGAGAGCGACAACCCCGAGGACGAUAAAAUCUACCUGUUCUUCAGAGAGAACGCCAUUGAUGGAGAGCACGCCGGGAAAGCCACACACGCUCGAAUUGGCCAGCUGUGCAAAAAUGACCUCGGGGGGCACAGGAGUCUGGUAAAUAAGUGGACCACCUUCUUAAAGGCUCGUCUCGUCUGCUCAGUGCCAGGAAAUAAUGGGAUUGAGACACAUUUCGAUGAACUACAGGAUGUUUUUCUCAUCAGCACCAAGGAUCCCAAGAGCCCAAUCAUCUAUGCGGUUUUCACCACAUCCAGCAACAUCUUCAAAGGUUCCGCUGUAUGCAUGUACAGCAUGACUGACAUCCGCAGAGUCUUUCUGGGUCCUUACGCUCAUAGAGACGGACCUAACUAUCAGUGGGUGCCCUACCAGGGGCGAGUGCCUUAUCCACGGCCAGGCACAUGUCCCAGCAAAACGUUCGGAGGAUUCGGCACAACCAAAGACCUUCCCGAUGAAGUUGUAGUCUUUGCCCGAAGCCACCCGGCCAUGUUUAAUCCCGUCUACCCGAUUAACAACAGACCGAUCAUAGUUCGAACCGACGUGGACUAUCAGUUUACUCAGAUUGUGGUGGAUAAAGUCGAAGCAGAAGAUGGCCAGUAUGACGUCAUGUUCAUUGGAACCGAUAUAGGAACGAUUCUGAAAGUGGUAGCCAUCCCAAGAGGCUCGUGGCAUGACCUGGAAGAAGUUCUUCUGGAGGAAAUGACUGUCUUCAGGAAGCCAACAGCCAUUACAGUGAUGGAGCUUUCAACAAAACAGCAACAAUUGUACCUGGGCUCAGACAUGGGUGUGUCCCAGAUGCCUUUGCAUCGCUGUGAGGUUUAUGGAAAGGCCUGCGCUGAAUGCUGUCUAGCAAGGGACCCCUACUGUGCAUGGGAUGGUACCGAGUGCUCCAGAUAUUUUCCCAUGGCAAAAAGGAGAACCAGGAGACAAGAUAUCAGGAACGGAGACCCUCUUACACAAUGUUCAGAUCUGCAACAGCACGAUGAACUUAGCGAGCAGAAAACCCUGGAAGACAAGAGCGUCUACGGCGUGGAGAACAGCAGCACCUUCCUGGAGUGCAGCCCCAAGUCGCAGCGAGCGUUAACUUACUGGCAGUUUCAGCGCUCUUCUGAUGAGCGAAAACAGGAGAUGAAAUCAGAAGACCGUUUUGUCCGCACAGAGCAAGGUCUUCUGAUCCGCACGCUCAACAAAAAAGAUUCUGGCAUUUAUCUAUGCCAGGCGGUGGAGCACGGCUUCAUGCAGACACUCCUGAAAGUGACUUUAGACGUGAUCGACGCUGAGCGCCUGGAAAAUCUGCUGCACGGCGACGACGAAACCGCCGCCAACGCAUCGGUCCAGGAACUCCUACCGCUCCGGGACGGGGCCAAUCCCAAACUUUGGUACCGAGACUUCUUAUCUUUGGUUAACCACCCGACUCUGAACAGUGUGGACGAGUUCUGCGAGCAGGUUUGGAAGCGGGAGCGCAAGCACAAGAAACAGAAAGCUCACUUGGUACAGCAGAAAUCGACGCUGAACGUCCACAACCACCCGCACAAUCAAGGCCUGUCGGUCAAGUGGAAACACCUGCAAGAACGGCAAAAGGGGCGUAACCGCAGGACCCACGAGCUGGAGCGGGCCCCCCGCAGUGUCUGACCCGAAAACACUGUCUAAAAGCACAUCCCAGAAUCUCAUUCUCCCUCAUGGCUGUUCGCGUGAACUGAGCUACAGACUCCUUAUUUCUCAAAUGCGUAUUUCUUCCUCCCCAAAACGCCUUCUGCUACAUGGCAUACACCAGCGGAUCUGCCAAGUUGUGUCACGGCGGACUGUCGGUGGGGUGUUAUCGCAGCUGCAUUGGGACAGUAUCAAAUAGCACAAAAAGUAACCGCACAAACCCGCCUCAUAGACACCCGGUGGUUUUGUGGGUUUACAAAACUGAUAAUUCACCGUUGCGACUAAACCGACAGAGCACAAGAUGUCAGACCGAGCACUGAACGGCAUCGGGAGCGACGCAACGACACCGCAAACAUGUAGCUAAAAAAUAUGUAAAUAUUGUAUGACAUGCUAAAAGGGAGUGUUUCACAUUUUUUCCAUGUCGUUUCCUCUGAUAGAGAUUUAUUUAAGAGGUCAUUUUGUACUAGUCUGUGUCUGUGCCAUAGAUAAGCUUCACAAGCAAAGGACAUGUUGUACACAGGGAGUCUUCGAGUUACGAAUGAGUUCUGUUCCUAUGCGUACCGCAAGCAACACGUCACUUCCGCUCAUUAAUAUUCAUGACAUUAGCUACUAUUGCUAAGUAGGGACAAUUUAUGUAAUUUAUGUCCCGGGGCAAAGCUUUUGUCGACAUCUGUGGUAAGCAAUUCAAAUCUGCUGAAGCACCUAACAAGUUAACUACCUGUCUGCUCUUCUCUAUUCCAAAGGUGACGCACAAUACUGCUCAGAAAAUUUCAAAUUCUUUGACACACAACAAGUUCUUUUUAAAGUAACGGAAAUAGUUACGUUCCCUGGUAACUAGUUACUUUUACUAUAGAGUAAUUCAGUUACUAACUCAGUUACAUUUUGGAAGAAGUAGUGAGUAAUGUAACUAAUUACUUUUUUAAAGUAACGUGCCCAACACUGCCUAGUAAUAAGUGAGUGUGUGUUUUUUUUAAAUAUUAUUUACAACCUAUUUGCUAAUUGGAACAUCAACAUGAAUAUAAUGUUAAAAUAAAUAAAAUAACAAAAAAUAAAUGCAUUAACUAGCCACUUUAUCUGCCCCGAUAACUAGCUUACAUUAUAGUAUUUGUUUUACCAUCGCUAGACACACUAAACACAAUGGAGUCAACUCUCAUAUCCUGUGGGAAACACCCAUGACAGGGUUUACUUACAUUAAAUUUUGUGUAACGUGACGGAUGAUGGUCACGUAAAUGUGAAAUCAUGUUGGAGGUCCUGCUGUCCUUCCUCCUCUAAACUGCGGCCAUCUGUUUCUUUUCUGUAGCCGAAGUAUUCCCAUACUAACGACUUUGUCUUUUUUGAGGGGGAAAAAGCUCAGGUGUAGUGUCACCGAAAGAGACGGUACAGAGCAACAACCGGAGGGGGAGGGGUGAGCGCUGCCGCUUCAAGCCACGGAUUUCCCGCUGCUAUUUUGGGACAUAAAAAAUACGUAAUACCGUAUUACGGUUUGACGGAAAAUGUUAGUGGUUUUGAAACCGUGAUGUUUUCAUACCACGGUAAACCUUGAAACCGAUAACUGGCACAUGCCUACUGCUGACGCACAAAAACAGACAAGUACUAAUGCAGUAGCAAAGCAGAAAAUGACGCUGGGGACAUCCAUCGUAACAACGAAACGUCGUAAGUCGAGGACAUCGUAACCCGAGGACUCCCUGUACUUGUGUUUUGUCAAUCUCAGCAGAUUCUUGCCAGCGUUCUUUAAGAUUCUUCCAACACGUCGUCUCCGUGCAUGAAACGCGACAAGUUAUAUCAACAUUUAAUAUAUCCUUCUGCUACCUGAGUAUUUAUUGCUUAUACUCCUAUGUGCAUUGUGGAAAUGCUUUUAUAUUACAACAACAGGCUUUGUUUUAUUGGACCAAGCGUAUUACUGAAAAUACUGUACUUCGGAACUGGAAACAAAGGAGAUAUCAGUCAACGAGGACGCACUGAGCAAUAGCAAUAUCCCUUCCUAUGUAUCGCUUAAUUAAAUAUCUUCUGUUUCUACGAAGCACACACAUAAACUGGAAUGUAGCUGUGAACAUGAUGUAAAUACAGACGCCAUUUGAUGACAAAACAUGCUAGUGCAUGUGACUACUAUUGUACUUUUCCCAUUUCACAGUACACGUUAACGAUGUAAAUACAAUUUCUUGAGUGUGUAAUUAGCUGACUAUACACACAUCAUGACACACAACAAUGUGAGGAACUCAAGUGCAACACCUCAGUAUUCCAUCUUUGGAGUAUUGCUAAGCUUUAUAGUAGCCAUGUCAGAUGAGAAACAACAUUAGCAAUGUAACUAAUUACAGUUCUGCCAAUGGGGUAAAAUAAUGUUCAUAAAGAGGUAAUAUAUGUUUCCAAGUAUGGAAAUCAAGCUCUGCUGCUGUUUUGGCAUGGUAAUGUAUUGUACUGUUCCGAUAAAUGUCUCUUCAUAAAAUAAAGCUGUU